AUGAUGAGAAUAACCUGCAGCCGAAUCCUAAGAUUUUCAAAACCCUACUUUAGGUGGGGGACGCAGAUCUCAAGCCGUUGCUUCAGUUCUCGAGGCCAGUCUCAUGAUCGUUCUCGAGGCCAGUCUCAUGAUCUUAACACAAAGAUCAUCACUUCGUCUCUCAGAGACGUCUUCACACGACCCACAUGGCAGCAGAGUCAAGUAUUCGUUCAAUGUAGAAGAGUUUCUUCCCAUGCUAGUGAUGAUCAUGGAUCUAUAACGGUUGAGACUUUAGAUGCUCUAUGUGAAGAAGGGAGAGUAUUAGAAGCCGUGAAAGCUGUCCAGAUCUUGAAAGAUAAAGACUAUGUUGUGGACUUGCCUAGGCUUCUAGGGUUAGCCAAACUAUGUGGCGAAACAGCGGUUUUAGAAGAAGCUAAGGUUGUUCAUGACUUCAUCAAUGGUUCGGUUUCUACUCCUUUAGAUGUUGCAUCUCACAACACGAUACUCAAAAUGUAUUGUGAUUGUGACUCCACUGAAGACGCGUUAAACGUAUUCAACGAGAUGUCUGAGAGAAACUCAGAGACUUGGUGCGUUAUGAUGAGAGCCUUAUCUAAGAACGGAGACGGUGAGCUCGCGAUUGAUAUGUUUACACGGUUCAAGAAGGAAGGGAACAAACCCGACAAGGAGAUAUUCAAAGCGGUCUUCUUUGUGUGUGCUUCGCUAGGGGACAGUAACGAAGGGUUGCUACAUUUUGAAUCUAUGUACAAAGACUAUGGGAUCAUCCCCUCCAUGGAAGAUUACGUGAGCUUAACGGAGAUGUUAGCAGCAUGUGGUCAUUUAGAAGAGGCAUUGGAGUUCGUUGAGACAAUGACGGUCGAGCCAAGCGUUGAAGUGUGGGAAACGCUGAUGAAUCUUUGUUGGGUUCAUGGGGAUGUAGAGCUGGGAGAUAGGUUAGCUGAGUUAGUGAAGAAACUUGAUGCCACAAGGAUGAACAACGAAGGUCUUGUAGCGGAGAAAGCAUCAGACUCCACGAAGGAGAUGAUGAGAGCAUUGAAAAGGAGACUAUACUCUAAAAAGACUGGGCGUGUGCAUGAGUUUAAAGCAGGAGACACUUCAAAACUAGAGUGUAGUGAAACUGUUCCUCUACUGAAGAGUUUGAAAGUGCAUAUGUUAGAGAUGGGUUUUGUCCCUUGGAUUAGGUUGGUUAAUAUUGAUGGAGCUGAAGACGAGGAUAAAGAGGAACAACUUCUUUUUAGAAGCGACAAGCUAGCCUUUGCUCACAGCUUCCUUAACACAAAGCCUCGUGGUCGUGUAUGUGUUUUGCAAAGUAUGCGUAUCUGUCAGGAUGGACAUGAGACAUGUAAGAUGUUGACAUUGAUAACAGGGAGAGAACUGGUGACACGAGGUUCCAAACGAUUCCAUCAUUUCAAAAACGGGGUCUGCUCAUGCAAAGAUUACUGGUGAUUUUACUCAGCUUAGAGAUUUUUCUUCCGUCUUUCAUUUCUUAUAUGUUUUGAGAGAAUUUCUAGAAUAUAGACUGAAUGUUCUUUUCCUAGAUCACAUUGGUAUAUUACAUCGGUUAGAAAUAAGUUCAAUUUCAAUAUUUCAAUUCACAAAUCAAAAAUGACUUCCAGAGAUAUUCUUAUGGAAACGCAAAAGAAGAUAAUAGAAUACAUUCUAGUUGAUGACAAAAAAAAAAGAUAAUAAAAUACUUAAAAGAGAUGAUACUAAUGUAGCAAAGUUAUGUUGUUGAACCAUAGUUACAUCUGAUUGUGAUGGGUCAACCUUCCAUGAGAACAUCUAUAUUAUUAAAGUUGAAGUACACAUUGAGAUUGUUUGGCAAUAUGGAUAGUAUAUUAAGUGAAUAUUGUUUGGCUACAGGUUUAAUUACUGUUCGUAUAUUUUAAAACAAGCAUAAACCUUUAUAAAAAUUGCAAAUUCUCGUGGCCCAUUUAUCUUCUAAACGAUAUGGUUUAGCUAACCUUAUAACCUAGA